UUGUCUUGAAAGCACCAUGAAUCCAGAGAAUGGCAGACUUUGAUGACAAAGUUUGAUGACAAAAUUUGCCCACGAAGGACCGCCGCACCACCUUCCUGUUCAAGUGAGCACAGCACAACAAGAUGCCGGUCGUAUGAGAACUGUUGUGGGACGAGGUGCUGUGUCCGAGCCCUCUCCAUCCAGAAACUAUGGUACUUCUGGACUGCAGCAUGCAGAACUAUGGGGACCCAGGAGGGCUGAUCUUCACCCCUACCUUCCCCUACAGCCCCCAUCCCUACCCCUCCCACUUGGCAACCCUACCCUCCUGCAACCUCCCUCCUCCACCCUAUGAACAGGUGCUGCAGGCCUCAGAGAAGAGGUAACCUGGAGGAAAGACAUUGGAAUUAAUACAAUUAUUUCAAACCCUUCAGAGUUCCCAACACCGCCACAACUGGCAGCAGAGCGAGUUAGAGUUCUCUGCACAUCAAUAGGGAAGGGUCACUAUCCUACGUUUUGACUCAUGAGUAAAAAGCGAGUCUGAUAUUGUAGACUACUAGAAAUGGAAUAGCAUCUCUACAUUAAAAACAUCUCAUUAAGGGACGCUUUCCCGGACCAAAAAGCAUGCAUGGAAGCAUGCAUUUAAAUAGCUUUUUAGUCCGGGAAUAGGCUUAAUCUGUGUCUGAGAAACCAGCCCUGAAAGUAGCUUCAAAUCUGUACCACAAUGAAUCGGUGUCAAAGUGUUUGUUUUGACGUCACCUCUCGAAGAGACUCAACAGGAUCAAAACAGACAUAGAUCCAGAAAGAGAGGUGCUCUGUCAGUGUGUCAGCUGGAAGAGCAGCAUCUGAGCACAACUCACUCAGGACACGGUAUUAUCGCCCACUGUCUGGUAUGUGUUUAAUAUCACUGCCGUUGGAGCAUUUAGUAUCUCUAGUUGAGGCACAAGUUUACUGUAGAUCAGAAGCCUGUAAUGCUGUGGACAUACUAUAGUCAUGGCAAAUCAGUUUAGCUUUGUCUCUUAAAAUUCAUUUUGGUGCAUGACUUUCCUCUAUAUUUUAUUAAGGUAGUGUAGCCUAUAAUCUAAUGAAUUCAGGUAUAGAGUGUGGUCAUUGUUUCAACAACAACAACAAAAAUCACAGUAUCCUGAAUUAACAGAGGGUAAAUAUAUCACCAGCUUGCCUAAUAAAGUGAUUUAGUCUGG